GUGCGGAUGGAGGAGGGCUUGCCAGACCGCCCGCGGGCGUCGGACGAGAUCAACAAUCUCAAGGCGCGUCUCCAUGCGAGCCUCGUGGGCCCGACGCCAAGCCCAUAUGUGGUCAAGGCCAACUUGGCGCUAAAGAAGUCCGAGUGCUGGCAGCGCUUUGGCCACGUGUACCAUCGAUCGGCGCCCGACGACCUCGUGAAGCUUCACGACACGGCCUUUGUCGCUUGCUACGUCUGCCACACGGUCUACUCGUUCAAGAGCAAAAACGGCACGACGACGAUCAUGGCGCACCGCUGCCCGCACGAGCGCAAGCCCCGACCUAUUGAGCCGCCCCAGCGCAAGAUGAAGAACCCAGAACUCGACGCGCUCAAGAAGGAGAUUCACCAUGCGCUCGUCGCUGGCGACGAAGCGCGCGGGUACACGCUGCAGGACAACCCGAACGGUAUCAAGUCGGGCUGCUGGAAGAAGUUUGGCCACGUGUUUCUGAACGCGAUGCCGCUGCGUGCGUUCGACUCGGGCUUUGUCGCUUGCCGUGAUUGCUACGUCGUGUACCAGUACAAGGUGCGCAACGGCACGUCCACGAUGACGACGCACACGUGUGAUGACGACGCCUUGGGCCGCGUCCGCGCUUCGCAGCGCCGACCCGAAGUGGCUUCGCUCAUAUCCGCCAAGCGCGCCCGAAUCGAUGCCCUGGACGACGACAUUCAAGCCAUUCGCGCCAGCCUCGUCCAAGAGAGCUCUGCGUACGCGCUCUUGCCCCACCCAAACGAGCGCAAGGCGCCGUGCUGGGAGCGAUUCGGCUUUGUCUAUCGGCACGGCGAGCUCGUGGUUGACACCGAGCAUCUCGGGCGCUAUUACGUUGGCUGCUACGCAUGCAAGUCGCUCUUCAGCUACGCACCAGGCGGCUCCACGGCCUUGCUUCUCGAGCAUUCGUGCGGACGGCCCUUGGAGUUGCUGCAAGAGACGUUUGCCCAUGCGUUUCUCUACAGCUGCUGCGAGAGUGGCCUCGACCUUGACCUUCUUGGCCGCGAGAGCUUUCAGCAUCUGCUACAAGCGACGAGCGAGCUCGGGCGCGCGACGACGACGUCGAUCCGGGCGGUCAUCCCAGACGUCACGCUCAUACGCGCCAAGAUGCAGUCGCUCGUGGAGAUGGCGCGCGCUGUCCUCUCGGCGCGGCUCGCCAUGGUCGUUCAAGACGGCGUCACCUUUGGCCUCUCGGUGCGUCCGUUGCGCGUCACGGUCGACGACACCACAUUGAUGCUCGUCGCAGUACACUAUAUUGACGCCGACUUUGGCCUCCACCACCGGGUUCUGGACGUCGUUGCGCUCCAGGAUAGUGCGCUGGCGGUGCACGAGACACUCGCUUCGUACAACCUCAGCCUCUCGGCCCACCCCGAUACGAUGGUCUGCGCACCGAGCUGCAGUCGCAUCCCGCCGCUUCAGGCCAGCGCCGGGCAACUCGCGUGCCCGAUCAAUGUGCUCUACGCAGUGCUAACGGACCUCCUCCGCCCCGAGUCUUGGCGCGACGAUACAACUGAGACCUUUCCCCUGCUACGGGCACUCGUGGACCUGGUGACGCACAUGCCGGCGCCCGGGUACGAUGCGCGGCAGUGGACGCUUCCACUCGGCUCCCGCGUCUCGUGGCAGACGAUGCAAGCGGCCGCGAGCUUCACGCAGCAGCAGUGGGCCUCGCGUAGCCUCUGGUACCCGAGCGCGUCGUUUUCGAACGCAGCGCUGUCCAUCGUCUCGGCCGUCCACGCGAUCGCCUCAGUGUUUGCCAAAGCUGUGGAGGCCUUGGAAGCGCAUGCCACGCCGAUGCUUCACACCGUGUGCUACUGGAAGCAUGCGCUCACGACGUACUGCGCCGCGCCAGCGCUCGCCACCGACGAAGGGCUUCGGCUCAAGGUCCUCGACCGUCUUCAAGCAUGGUCCAUAUCAUCGCUCCACGUCGCUGCCGCGCUCUUGGACCCGGGCCAGCGGAAGCGGCUGCCGAAAUUCGGCAUCGACGCCGACACGAUCGCGCUGGCCAAGGACGACCUCCGGACGCGCCUUCUGGUGGCAGCGGCGUGCCCGUCGGUCGUCAGCGCCAGCGCCAAGCCCGUGCAGUCGACGCCGCCGUCCUUGCUUUCAAUGUAUGGCGACUCGAGCGACGACGACGACAAUGACGCGUGCAGCGUCGAGGACGAGCUGCGCAAGUACUUUGAGAGUCCGCUGCUGGACGAGACAACACCCGAGCCCAACGUGCUGCAGUGGUGGAAGCUUCAGCGCCGACGCUUCCCAAUCUUGGCGCGCGUCGCCCGCUCCAUUCUGUGCCUCCCCACGUCGGCUCAACCGACAGUGUCCUUCGCUUCGAGUCCAUCGCGAGACGUGGCCAACCUCGUGUUUCUGAAGUCCAACCGCGACUUGACCCAAGCGGCAACGACACCGUUGCCGCGUGCGGCGGACGACGAGACGCAUUAUAACAGCGAUGAAGGGCAACCACUCAUUUAACAGCCAGCGACUUCUGCCUUUCUUCUUGAGCUGCUCAAUCG